AUGAGGUGGUUCUGGUUCCGGUGGGGUGAAGGUCGUCUGAAGUUCGGUGAAGGUCGCAUUGGUGGUUUGCAGCUGGUGUUUGAUGAACCAAUCAACAGACCCAUUGAGGUGUUCAGCGUGUCAUCAUAUUUAUAUACGGUGGAGUACAUUCUGGGUGAGGGGUAUGAGUCGCUGUAUGGAGUAGCUAGCCGAACUGGGAGGUACUCCGAUGGGCUGUUGUACGAGACCAAGGCUUGGAGUGGCUUACACUGUGGCAUACAGUGUCAGGCACACGGAAACUGCCACAUGUAUAGCUACAACAAACAGCAGGCUAUCUGCGCCCUCUACAACAGAGAAAUGGCAUCAUUCAGCAUGACGUCUGAAAAUGGAUGGGUUUCGUACCAGCUUCGUUAUUGCGACUGACCCCUUUGUUCUGAUUAGUUGGCAAAUUAUUAGUGAUGGAUCUCUCCAUUGACCCAUGUAACAUACAUAGAGACUACAGACUAUGUUGUAUAUUAGUUGUAUUCCUGCAUAUAUAACACCAGGAAAAAGGUUCAGUACCCUGGUAUUUAUUACAAAGUGGUAUGUGUCUGUAGUGUACAGUGCAUUAGUAUAGUUGUGUUACCUGCUACAAGCAUGUAGUUUGAAAGAGGAUCAAGCAAGGUGGCGUGUCUAAUGAAACAAAAACAGCCAUUCAUUUGUAAUCACUAUCUUGUAUACCCUCCACGUGCUUGGAUAACUGCCUGAACCUACGUCGCAUACCCCCGACUCUCGUCGCAUCCGUUGCAAAGGAAUAUGUCGCCAUUCUUGCUGCAAAGCUGCUUCCAACUCACGGGCUUGUAUCCGUUGCUCGAUGCAGUCUCACAUCGGAUCAAUUUAGCUAAGGUCUGGACUCGUGGAUGGCCUUGGAAAUACGAGUGAAAGAUAUCACAAGAUGUCUGGUGUAUCAUCCGUUAAUACAGGCCUUGUAGCAAGAGGAUGAUUAUCAAUAUUGGAGACAAGAACUGGCUCCAGAACGUCUUGGAUAUACUGUUCACCCGUCAUAUUCCCUCAUAUUGUCACCACAUCAAGUUUACAGUCAUGAGAUACACAUCCUAACACCAUGAUUGGACCUCCACCAAAGGCAACAGUUGCUUGCAUGCUUUUGAUGUAAAUCCUUUAUUUCGUUGAUUCCAAACUCUCAAGCAUCCGUCAGUUACAUAAAAAAGGAAUCGACUUUCAUCAGACCAAUGUAUUCUUCGCCAAGUCCUCUCAUUCCCUGUAUUUUCUGACAACUGUGAAGUGGAUGUUUAUUUCCCGACCAAAAUGUUUAAAGGACCUACUGGAGUUAUGCAUGCCAAUAAUUUGGCAUUUGAAAAUCCUCUUCGUACCAUAUAGCGAAAGAUUAUUGAACAUUGUAACCCAUGCCGUUUAAAGACACGUGGCACGUACACAAACUGCACUUGUGAAUAUUCGUGGGUUUGUUCCUGGACAUGCUACACGAGGCGUGUUUGGAAGGCACAUUCCACCAGGUACACUUGCAAUGAUUUCUUAAAUGAACAUCGUUACCAUACGUACCGUCAUACAACAGCUGAAUUUG